UCGCGGCUGAUGGUAAGCCUUAGCUAGUUUCACUUCACGUUGUGGUGCCACUCUCAAGAUGGCACAUCACCACGGCGAUAUCAGCCUAGAUAUACUACUAAACAAUAGUAUAGACCUUUCAAAAUUACCAGAUGAAGAAAGAGCCAGGAUUGAACAUGCCCGGCUGCACGAGAAGCACCGAGGUCAUGAAAAGAUGCAUGCCUACAUGAUACUUAUUCUCCUAGCAUCUGUUGUCAUAGCCCAAAUACUCCUGGUACAAUGGAAAAAGAUACACUUCAAGUCAUAUCAGAGAGCAACCAUGGUUGGGAUGUGGCUCAUACCAGUGUGCAUCUCGGUGCACUCUCACUGGUGGCGCUUUGUGUUUAUUUGGACCAUUUUUACUGUAUGCACAUGUAUAGUUAUCAGCUGGGCCCUCCAGAAACCUAUAUCUGGGACCACGCCUCGUUGGGUCUACAAAUGGUUCUACGUGAUAUAUUUGCAGAGUUGUGCACUCUGCGUGAUUGGCUAUAUGGUGGUGAUGCUGACUCUGCUAGGAGUCAACGUGGUGUUUCGGGCCAAGCCACAGAGUUGGAUGGAUGUGGGCCUGCUGCUGCUUUUCUAUGGCACAUACUAUGGUGUGUUGGGUCGUGAUGUCUCAGAGGUCGUCACAGACCGAAUGGCCUGCACCAUUGGGUACUACACAACAACUGGAGUUCCCGUGAGGCAACUUGAGUCCAAUGUUUGUGCUGUGUGUGGCAACAAAAUACACGUCCUGGACAAUUCAGAUGCAAUUGUUGAGGAAUCAUAUAAGCUGCCCUGUGGGCAUAUAUUUCAUGAAUUCUGCAUCAGGGGGUGGUGCAUUGUUGGAAAGAAGCAGACCUGCCCCUACUGCAAGGAGAAAGUGGACCUAAAGCGCAUCUUUUGCAACCCCUGGGAGAAGCCACACAUUCUGUAUGGAAACUUCUUGGACUUUAUUCGUUACCUUGUGGUGUGGCAGCCUGUGAUCAUCAUGGGUGUGCAAUUUCUGAAUCAAAUGCUUGGACUAGAAUGAUUAUGCAUUCACAUUACUAACAUGCGCACAGAACAUUCAUCUCACAUUGCAUUUUUUCCUCAUUCUCUCUCUCUCUCUGCUCUUUUGUAUAGAAGACAGCUGUAUAUUUGUUGAACUGACCAAACAGUACAUUAAAGUAUGAUUUUUUGUUUA